AUGAAUUCUAUCAACUCUACAGUCUUCAUCGAUCAAUUGAUCACAGAAUUGGGAAAUUCCAAUCUGAAACCAUUGAUGUUAACAUUACACUGUCUAUUUCCAAAUGACUUCCUUCCUGCCCUUGAUAUCCUCGAUCGCAAACUAGUUCGUCGAAUUAUAUCGGAUUGUGCAGAGACAGAGGAUGUUUUCAUCGUGAUAUCUGCGGCACCUUCACUCGCAUCCCAAAAGGGCUACGAGGUUCGGCUACGUGCCUGGAAUUGUAGCUGUCCUACAUUUACCUUGUCUGCAUACCGAGAUCAAUCUCCGAUGAAUGAUCCAGCAAACGAACAGAACCAGUUGCCCUACUCAUUUGGUGGCACUCUGGCUCGUGGUACGGCUCGGGUGUCACCUCCUACCUGCAAACAUAUCCUGGCCUGUAUCUUGCAUGUACGGUGUCCUGAGCUGUUUGGGGUUGAUGGGGAUGGCAGAUUCCCCGUUUCCAUGGAAGAAUUGGCGGGCUGGUGUGCUGGCUGGGGUGGCUGA